GGCGCACGUCUCGACCAAUGAGGCGCGCCGUCUUUGGCGAAGCCUGCCCACUGUCAUGGCUGCGCGCAUGGCAACACGUGUGCGUCUCGUGUAGCCUUUCAUCGGCAGAAACGUUUAUCAUUUAAACGUUGCGUUUCAGUCCCUUUUUGGAUUAUUAUUAUAUACCCGGUUUCCCGACCUACCGAGUAAAGGUUCACAGCGAAGGCGCAAUGAGGGGCGGGGGUGGCGGUCGCGGCGGAAGAGGCGGCCGCGGCGGAAGAGGUGGUCGCGGCGGCCGCGGUGGACGAGGAGGAGGUGGCCUCUUCCGCGGACAGAGCCGCGGCGUGCGCGUCGUCGGGCAGUGGCAGCAGGUGACCCUUGACCCGGAGUUCCUGGCGAGCGGCGACCUGGACGGUUUUGUGUGCAUGGAGGAGCUGCACGACUACACGAUGGUGCGGCCCGAGGCGAUCGAGAAGGAGGACCAGAGGAACAAGCGCAAGGCGGCGGCGGAGGCGGCGGCAGGGGCUGCGGCCCGACCGAGCCCGGCUAAGAAACUGAGAACGGACACGGACUCCGAGCCGACCGAAUCGGCGAAUGACGACGGCACCGCCGGCGGCGACGACGCCGACGCCACCGCGAUUCGUAAAGAGGCCAGGAAGAAGAAGAAUGAGGAGGAGGGGAAUAAAAAGACGAAGAAAACGAGUAAGAAGAAGAGGAAGUGGAUGGAGUUGGAAGCCGCUUUGGAGAAGGAGGCGGCCGAGUCCGGCGUGGACGUUGGGUACGACGCGGGUGACGAUGAUGAGGGCAACAACGAUGAUGAGGCCAACGAGGAGAUGGAGCCCCUGGGUGGUGAAGAGAAGGAUGAGAGCGGCACCAGUGGAAGCAGCAAGAAGGUGAAGAAGAACGAGAAGAACAAGAACAAGAAGAACAAGAAGAACACGAAGAAGAAGAUCGUGGAUGGUGCGGAAAAGCAAGCGCCGGCGAGCGAAGGCGGCCCCAAGAAGGCGACGAGCGGCCCCAAGAAGGCGACGAGCGGCGCCAAGAAGCGCCCGUGGACGACCGUCGCGCUAGACGGCGAGGCGCUGGAGGGGGGCGUCGCCGCCGACGUGUCCGCGUGGCAGGGCCUCUACGUGCCGGAGCCCGUGCUGUGCGCGCUCGCCGAGAUGGGAUACACGGCGCCCACCGCCAUCCAGGCGCUCGUGCUGCCCGCAGCCAUCCGGGACCGGCGCGACGUGCUGGGGGCCGCCGAGACCGGCAGCGGCAAAACCCUCGCCUUCGGAAUUCCCAUGAUCCAGCGAAUCCUUGAGUGGAGGGAGAGCCGCGAGGCGGAGCAGGCAGACGACGGCGCCGAGGGAGAGAUGGGCGACUCGCACGAAGGAGACAAAGUCGCAGAAAACGACGACGUUGUCAACGACGACGACGUUGCCGCCGACGACGACGCCGACGACGACGCUGCCGUCGGCCCGGAGACGGGCGUGCUCGACUCGCAGGGCCGAGGCUGCGUCCGCGUCGUCGACGACGUCCCCAUUGACUUCGACCCGACCGCGGACUCUCACGCGCCGGGGGCCGUCGCCUCGAAGCGCGAGGCCUGGCGGCCGCGGCAGCCGCUGCUCGGUCUCGUGGUGACGCCGACGAGGGAGCUGGCGGUGCAGGUGAAGCAGCACCUGGACGCCGCGGCACGGCACACAGGGAUCUGCACGGCGGUGGUGGUGGGCGGCAUGGCCCAGCAGAAGCAGCAGCGAGUGCUGAGCCGUCACCCGGAGGUGGUGGUGGCCACGCCGGGGCGGCUCUGGGAGCUCAUCCGCGAGGGGCACCCGCACCUCACCCACAUGCGCUCGCUCAGGUGCCUGGUGGUGGACGAGGCCGACCGCAUGGUGGAGCGCGGUCACUUUGCCGAGCUCUCUCAACUGCUGGAGCUGCUCGCCGGCACGGAGUUCAACGCGCGCCGCCAGACCUUCGUGUUCUCGGCCACGCUCACGCUCGCCGGCGCCGCCGGGAAGCGGCCGCUGCCCUUCAAGCAGGGCAAGAAGCAGGCGGCGCCGUCGCAGCAAGACGCCGGCGGGAAGCUCGAGAUGCUGAUUCAGCGCAUUGGCAUCCGAGGCAAGCCGAAGGUGGUGGACCUGACGCGGCGCGAGGCGACGGCGGAGACGCUGAUGGAGUCGCGCGUGCACUGCGACGCCGACGACAAGGACCACUACCUCUACUACUUCCUGCUGCGCCACCCAGGCCGCACCAUGGUGUUCGCCAACAGCAUCGAGUGCGUGAAGCGCCUCGCCGGGCUGCUGGGUGCUCUCGCCUGCGAGGCGCUGCCGCUGCACGCCAACAUGCACCAGAAGCAGCGGCUCAAGAACCUGGAGAGGUUCGCCGAGCGCCAGAGCUGCGUGCUGCUGACCACAGACGUCGCGGCCCGUGGGUUGGACAUCCCGAACGUGGAACACGUCAUCCACUACCAGCUGCCGCGCACGUCCGAGACAUACGUGCACCGGAGCGGGCGCACGGCACGCGCCACACGCGAAGGCUUCAGCCUCAUCCUCGUGGGGCCGGGCGACGUGCCGGCCUACCGCAAGAUCUGCCGUGCGCUCCGCGGGGACAAGGAGCUGCCCUGCUUCCCCGUGGACCCCCACAACCUCACCGCCGUCAAGGCCCGCGUGGCGCUGGCACGCAGCAUCGAGAAGGAGCUGUACCACCACAGCCGCGCGCAGCAUCACAACUCGUGGUUCCAGAAGGCGGCGGACGCCAUGGACAUCGAGCUGGAGGACGACAUGCUCAUGGGCGGCGCCCGCUCGGAGGACGGCGAACGUCAGCGCCAGUGGCGCCUGCAGUCUUUGAGGAAGCAGCUGGCGCACCUCCUGGCGCAGCCCGUGUUCCGCACCGCCAGCAAGACGCGCUACCCCACGCAGUUCGGAGCGCUGGCCACGCCGCCCGCGGCCUCCGCGGACGGACGGGUCCCGGCGUCCGCCAUCGCGGCGCUGCGCGAGGGGAGAGUCGGCCGGAGGAAGGCGGCGAAGGGGAAGCAGAAAAAGAAGCCGCAGGCGCCCGGCGCCGCGAGCUAGACGGCGGUCGUCGUCGGCCGAGGACGUCGGCUCGCGGACACUGGGGGGCGGGGGGGGGGGCGGGGGGCGGGGGGUGGGGGGGGGUUUUGUGGAGCGACAGCAGCCCGGCUGCUUGUCGCCCUGAACGUGGUGUCGGCCUGCCUGGGUGUCAGCGCCCCGAGCAAGGAGCCCUCCUGUGAGGGGGGGGGGGGGAGUCUCGAAACUCGGUUGGAGCUGUCCGAUGGAAAGGGUCGCGGAAACGAAGUCGCGAGGCGCUCGCGCCUCUCGUGUGGACGGAGAGGUUUUUUUAGAAGUAACUCGAGAGAGGCUUCUUCGUGACGCCGUCAACAGCCCCUGUUGCGUGCAACAGGGGCUGUUGCGUUUCCCACUGUUGCCAGUGGGAAAUUUAUUUGCCUUGUGACACAAAACCAAUCGCACAGUAAUACCGUUAGUUUAAUAAUAGAGAGAGCGCCAUUUAAGGGACAACGAGGGGUAAUUGCAUAGUCGCUGCUGGGUAACUUGUAUCCAAUCAGAAGGGUUCCACCUGGGCCCAAGGUAACGGGCGGAGCUCGUGGAUAUGUACGGGAACCAUCUGGAAGGUUCCACGAGGGGCGUGGCUAGAGGCCGAGCUUAGCUCCGCCGAGAGCAAUAUAAAGAGAGGCAGUGAGAGGAGACUCUUGGUCGAUGUGGGAAGCCUGGAGUCCGAACUGCAUCACCGCCUACCUCUACUCGCCACGGGCCACGUCGUGGGCUCUGCCAGCGAAGGCUUCUCUCCUCCCAGCGAGCCGCCAGCGAGCGAGAGAGAGACGCCGCGACGGUGGAAGAGGGAGAGCGCGCGUCACGGCAGGAGAGAGAGAGAGAGGGAGAGCGGAGCUGUGCAGUCAUAAUAAAUAAAGGACGCCAGGCAA